GGUUAACAAACGCUGAUUAGAGAUCAUAAUAUGGAAAAAGAUAAAGAUAAACGCUGAUUAACAAACGUUUUAUGAAGCUUGUUAAAGAUAAAAGAUAAAAGAAAAAAAGGAAAAUUACAACAGCAAUAUGGAAACUCUAGCACCACACCUACAAAUAUGCAGCAAUAGGGCAAAGCUUUCUACUAGUCGAAAAAACCGAAAGCCUCUUAUUACUUUGUUCAAAUCACUCUGCCUUCAGAAGAUUGAUUAAGCUUCGUGUUCUCCAAACAAUCAUCAACGUCAUGUCUUUGUCUUCAAUCGCCAUUCUCGUCCUUAUGUGCUUCAUGUUCUUGUCGUGUCCACUCUUUACUACGGCAACAACAACAACAACAGAUCAAGGACCUCAGCCUCGAUGCGAAGCUCACAUCUUCAACAACGGAAAACAUUACCGUUCAUGCAAGGAUCUUCCGGUGUUAGACUCGUUCCUACACUUCAGUUAUGCUCGAGAAACCGGAGUUCUUGACGUUGCUUACCGCCAUGCCAAUCUUGAGUCUUCUAGUUGGAUCGCUUGGGCCAUCAACCCGACGAAGAAAGGCAUGUUAGGCGCUCAAUGUCUUGUGGCUUACCGUAACUCAACAUCUGGAGUCAUGCGUGCUUAUACUUCCUCCAUCAACAGCUACGCUACUAUGCUCCAAGAGUCUCCUCUUAGCUUUGGUGUGUCACAAGUAUCCGCCGAGUACGUUGAUGGAGAGAUGACUAUAUUCGCAACUCUAGUGUUACCUCCUAACACAACCGUUGUGAAUCACUUGUGGCAAGACGGUCCGUUGAAGGGAGGGGAUCGACUUGGGAUGCACGCUAUGAGUGGAGAUCACCUCAAAUCCAUGUCCACUUUGGAUUUGCUUUCCGGACAAGUCACACCGACCAAAUCAGUUAAUGGAAACAUGUUGUUGGUCAAGCGAAUCCAUGGUUUAGUAAACACAGUGAGUUGGGGGAUUCUCAUGCCUAUUGGAGUUAUGGCGGCUAGAUACAUGAAGAUCUACGAAACAUUAGACCCCACUUGGUUCUAUGUACACGUCAUCUGUCAACUCACCGGAUAUGUAGCCGGUCUUCUUGGAGGUCUUGGAACAGCGAUCUACAUGGCAUAUCACACCGGGAUGAGAAGUACGGCGCAUACCGUUAUAGGGAUUUUAAUAUUCUGUUUAGGGCUCUUGCAGAUACUUGCGCUCAAAGCAAGACCGGGUAAAGACCACAAAUACAGAACAUACUGGAACUGGUAUCAUCACACGGUCGGAUACGUGGUAGUUGUGCUGAGCGUGUACAACAUAUACAAAGGGUUUGUUAUAUUGCAACCUGGAAGUGGAUGGAAGAUCGCAUACACCGCCAUCAUAUGUGCUAUUGGAGCUUUUGCAAUUGUGAUGGAGAUGUUACAGUUCAAGAAGAGAUGGGGUGGCUUGUUCGAGAAGAAACCGGAAGACCAGGAAGCUAAUCAAAGUGGUUUUGCGAACGAGAUCUCGAAUUUUGAGAAGAGAUGGGGUGACAAGAAACCGGAAGACCUAGAAGCUAAUCAAAGUGCUUCCACUGGAGUGGUCUAGUUUUAUUUCUUUUUCAUGUACUGUCUAUAAAUG